ACCACACACCUUCAUCAAACUCAACAAUGAACAAUUACAACCGAUCCGGACGAACGAUGGCGAACCCCUCAAACUCUUGCACUGGAAUUUACCCAAGAGGGACUCAGCGUGGCUUUGAUUCCUACGCUUCUCUGCCAAACAUGAUGGGAUACUCACAACAACAACAACAGGGCACAUACGGAGGGACGGGCUACAGCCAACCGACCAUGGCGUCUCGCCAACGUCAACAAGUCGGGCGAACCGCCAACUGUUGUCGACCCCGUCAAGGAUUCGGUGGACCGGCGGCCACCCCGUCGACCCAGAUGCAAAUGCAGAUGCUCAGUCGGAACAAUGCAACUUGUGCCCCACCGCGAGGUCGUGCCGCUCCAAAUGCAUUCUGUGAAAACGUUGGACCUGGACCCGCCCCCAUCAACGUCAAUAUUUCUGCCGCACAACUCGCCUCCGCCGGAAACCAGCCAACCCAGGGGAGUCGCCAAGAGGCCGGUAUGGAAGGGAAUCCUGGAGUGAAAUAUAUUCCGCUGAGCUGGGAAGACAUUUUGGGCAAGACUGGAAUGAAUGGUAUGAAAGUGAGCAUGGUCCCGUCUGGUGAUCCAGGAAAUGGAAAUCGACAGCUGAAGGUAUCCUUUGGAGGUCAAUCUGGUCAAAUGCAGCCGGGCGAGACGCCGCUCAAUGUGGUUUCCUUUCAGCCAGUCACUUCUUCCGGACGUGUUGACCACGCUGCAGUGAUGCAACAACAGCGCGCAGGACCACCAAACGGGGGAAAUUUACGGGGACUUCCACAACAGCGACAGUGCUCUUGCUCAAACUGUCGAGGAGGUCGAUAAAUGAAGUAUAAUUAAGCUACUAAAUUUUUG